AUGGCAUUGUCCGAAUUCACCUUCCAGUAUGUGGCCCAGAAGUCGGUCAAGGGUCAGGCAUUGGCCGCUUUCUUGGCUCACCACCCGGCUCAGGGGCAGGAAGAGGAGUUGGAGGUCGAGAUCGGCAUGGCCCGCAUGGAAAAGAACUACUGGACCAUGUACUUCAACGGCUCCAGUACCGAGGCCAGGUACGGAGCCGAAGUCGUGAUCGAAUGCCCUCAAGGACAAAGGUGGCAAUUUGCGUUCCUGCUUGAUUUCAAAUGCACCAACAAUCAAGCCGAAUACGAUGCACUCAUCAUCGGUCUCAAGAUUCUGAGAGAAAUGAAGGCAACCCGUGUCUUGGUCUACGGUGAUUCUCAGCUGGUGAUUAACCAAUUGACUGGGGAAUACCAGUGCACGAGCGAAAAUUUAACUAUGUAUUAUGUGACGGCCCUCAAUGCGAACGACGAAUUUUCUAGGAUUUCCUUUGUCUACGUACCGCGCGCCGAGAACCAUGAGGCCAAUGAGAUGGCCCAGGUGGCGUCAGACGUGAAUAUUCCGGACGAUGACCAUGAUCGUGUGAUAAGAGUCGAGAGGCGUACCUUGCCAGCUUUGGCUGAACGAGGUAUGACAACGCAAGUAUCAUCGGCCGAGGUCAUCGACGAAGUCAACACGGCCGAGGCCGAUUGGCACUACCCCAUAGUAAAGUAUCUGCGCGACCCCUCCGGCAGCCAUGAGAGGACCACGCGUUUCCAGGCUCGGUGUUAUUUGAUUUAUCAAAAUAAGCUGUAUCGAAAGGGAUCGGACGGCUUAUUGCUCCUAUGUCCCAGCGCCGGAGACAUAAAGGUUAUCAUGACCGAAUCCCACGGGGGGAUUUUCGGCGCUCACCAGUCUGGCGUCAAAAUGAGGUGGUUGGUUCGAAGGCACGGCUAUUACUGGCCGACCAUCUUAAAAGAUUGCAUAGAGUAUGCGAAGGGGUGUAUCAAAUGCCAGAUCUACGGCCCCAUACAAAGGGUACCGGCCGAAGCCCUCCACCCGGUUACCAAACCAUGGCCGUUCAGGGGUUGGGCCGUGGAUAUCAUUGGCAAAAUCUAUUCGGCCGCGUCCAACAAACAUGCAUAG